CAGACCGCGCUGUAACCCAUCGCAACAGUAACCAAAACACGGGCUAGCCAGCUAAUUUAGCAACAGCUAGCUACCAUUUGUUAAUAUGAGCUGAAUUAUAUUAUUAAUUGACUAACUGUUAAAUACUUCAGGGGACGUCAUGCCUAAAAUCAAUACAGACACGCUGUGGGACUUGGCUGCAGUGGAGCUCCGGACUAGAGAGAGCAGAUCUGCUGAUGAUGAUGCUGAGGAAGAUUCAGCCGCCCUGUGCGAGAGGACAGUGCUGUUUAUGGGCAGUAAAGCUGGGGGUAAAACAACAAUAUUGCUCAGGUGCCUUGACAGAGAUGAAGCAUCUAAACCAACUCUUGCUUUGGAGUACACGUUUGGUAGGCGAGCAAAAGGGCAUAAUACGCCUAAAGACAUAGCCCACCUGUGGGAACUGGGAGGGGGCACGUCCUUGUCAGAUCUAGUCCAGAUACCCAUCACUCCUCUGAAUGUCAGCUCUGUGUCUGUCGUGCUGGUUCUGGAUUUGUCUAAGCCCAGUGCUCUGUGGGGCACCAUGGAGAAACUCCUGCAGGCAGCCCUGAACCAGGUGGAAAAAGUGCAUGCCUUACCGCAGAGACCGGGAGAGUCCAGAACCAGCAAACAGCAAAACCAAAGCAGAGUGCUGCGUGUUCUCCCCAAAGAUCACCCGGACAGAGAGCUCAUCAGCCCCUUCCCUGUGCCUCUCCUUCUCAUCGGUAGCAAGUUUGACAUCUUUCAGGACUUCGAGUCAGAGAAAAGGAAGGUGAUUUGUAAGACGUUGCGUUUCCUGGCACAUUACUAUGGUGCAUCAAUGAUUUUCUCUAGCAGUAAAUCAGAGACCAUGAUGUCUAAAGCAAGGAGCUUUGUGAGCCAUCUAGCAUUCGGAACAGAGAAAGGGAAGUCCAUGUCUACAGACCCCAGCAAACCUCUCAUAAUUCCAGCUGGCAUGGACUCACUCAGUCAGAUAGGAUCCCCUCCAACCAUUGAUGUUGAUAUUGGAACACUGCACGCUAGAAACCCGCUGGACCUGUGGAAGAAAGUUUUUGAAAGGGUUUUCCCUCCUGAGAGAACUACAGAGCACAAAGAGCUGAAGGAUCCAGCCAAAGACCCUCAGUACAGCGAGCCCCUUAUAGACUGUAUGAGGGCUCAGAAAGAUGAGGAGUUGGAACAAUAUAAGCGAGAGCAGGCAAAGUCGUGGAAAGGCUUAGCUCUGGAGACCUAGAGGUGAAUCCACCAUGAAAACAAACCUUCCAGAAACUCAAGACAUAAUGUAUGUCACUCGUACACUCUACAUCCAAAAGCAUGUCCUGUUCAUCCAACAUUUUGUUGGAAACAAGAGAAUAAAUAGAUGCAGCAGUAACAGCCUCUGCUCUUCAGGGAAGGCUUUACACUUGAUGUUAGAACAUAUCUGUGAGGAUUUGAUUGCAUUCAACCACAAGGGCAUUAGUGAAGUCAGGUAUUGGUGAUGGAUGAUCAGGUCUAGAUGCACUUGAUGGAGCUCCACCAAUCCAGAGAACACACUUCCACUGGUCCAUAACCCUGGGAAGAUUUAUACGCCUCUGGCCGGCGCUUUGCAGAAUGGUGACCUUUGCUAUGGGGGCUCCUACGCAGCUGCUCCAGAGUGUCCCAUUCUAUAGGCAGUGCUUUACUGUGGAGACUGUACAAGCUGUGGGUUCGACUGAACACCUGUCAGCAAUGGGUAACCUUAAAGUAGCUGAAUUCACUAAUUAGAAGGGGUGUCUGGAUACUUUUGGACAUAGUUUAUUUGUAUUGUAGUAUUAACCCUAUUCUCUCUCUUUCUAACACACAUGCAGUGCAUAGUAUAUCCAUAUGUUUUGAGCACAUGUGUAAGUUUUAUAUUUUAAGAAGUAUUUAAAUAAUUGUGCAUGUGAAUAUAUAGCUAGUAUUUACACAACAUAUCAAUGUAGAAAUUACUGCAUUCAGUUAUUUAAGUUAUUUUGAAAUAUUUGCUUGAUUAUAAUAUACAAAAUAAAUGGACAUUUGUUUCUGCAUUCCCACAGAGAUUUUUUCUUUGAAGAUCUAAAGUAACUAUAAUAUACAAAGAUAGAAAACAUCACACCCUGAUUCCCUGAUACUGGGUGAAACUUACCGUAAACGUAACCAUAUGAUGUUUUUUAUUUUAAGCAGACUACUUAAAACUGUGCCAUUGAAAAAGUUACUUCAUAUAUUGUAGACUGGAGUUUCCCAGGUCCAGUGCUGCAAUGGAAUUUUGUGUUUUAUAAUUUUGUGUAUCGUUCUGUAAAGUUGACGGCAGACAAAGCAGACAGAAAUGAAAUAAAGGUCCAGAAAUAUUUCCUCCUUUAUUGAGAGUACGCAAAAAAAUUCCAAUAAAAAAGAAGACAAAAAUGUGAUGCAACAGUUCAAUGCAUUAAACAAAAAUAAGCAAAAAAAUAAAUAAAAGUAUUUAUCAAAAAUGACAAAAUAAAAAAAAUAUGAUACACAAACAUCAGCAACCGAAAGAAGGACGAAAAAAACCCCAAACAUAAAAACUGUACCAAACACGUUUGUUGUGUGAAACGUUCAGUGUUCAAACUAAACGAUGGGGCUCUUUUAGUGUGUGGGCAUCGCCCCACUGUAAAUGCAUCCUGUAAUGAGAGAACAGUAGGAUGUACUGUUAUGGUUUUGGUAUUAUGUCCUUUUGUACCCUGCAUGGGCUUUUACACAUGUAACAUUAUUACCUACAUCAGUCCAGGAUGUGCAAAAUGAAACAUCAGCACGCUACAUUAUGAUUUCCAUUCCUAAAAGGCCCAAGAACUACAUUUUCCAUUACCGGGCACUUGGUGACAACAUACAUUUACCUAACAUUUAAAAACAAAAACAAAAAAACUAAGUGUUUCGUCCUGUACCUAUCUUCACUAUCGGUUCGGUUCUAAUUACAGAUGCACUAGCUUGAACUCAUACUCUCUCUACGACACACAGGUUCACAAAGAAAGGCCAGGUAAGUGGUUCGGCUACACCCCCCACCCUCCCCAUUAACAUAAGUACAGCCAAGCAGCAAGAGGAAAAGGGAUCAAGAUAAUACAGUACACACACACUUUAUGCUGGAACAC